AUGUUCGGUGUCGUCGGUGAUAUCGUUGCCAUCGUGAUCCUUUCUCUGGUAGCUAACAAGUUCGUCAAAGAAAGACAGACCUGGCGAUCAGAACUUCCUGGGCAAAACGGCUACGUGCAGGAGUUGGACGCGCAGUUGGAUCGUUUGAAGAAUGCAGCGGGUGACCGGCAGAGGACUCAAAUGCAAAAGAGAGAGGCCCUGGAGGUAGUAGAGAAAGCCAUAGAACUCAAGAGGGCUGCGCAGGAGAAGAUACGCAUAGAAGAGGAAAGUGCUAAAGCGGAGGCACCACAGCAAGCUGACGAGCGCAGGGUGCAAGCCGAGGAGAGCCUAAGACGGGCUGAGUGUUUGCUGAAAGAGGCAGAGGAGAGAACGCGAGCUGCAGAGGAGGGCAGGGAGAGAGCGGAAGUGUAUGCGCGACGCGCUGAUGAAGAGAGGCUCCUGGCCGAUAGAGCAAGGCUGAAGGCAGAGGACAAGGCGCGUCGUGCUGAAGACGCGAGAGCGAAAGCAGAAAUGGAACAGAGGCUUGCUGAGGAGGCAAAGGCAGCCGCAGAAGAGCGAUGCAGGCGGGCAGAGGAAGACGGGCAGCGUAGUGAAGCUGAGCGGGCGAUAGCCAACGAAGAGGCCCAGCGAGCCAGAGCCGAACGAGACGAGUCAGAGGCAGCCAAGUCAGCGGCGGUCAAAGCAGCAGACGAGGCACGGAUGGCAUUGGAGGAGGCACAAAGGACGUUGAGCAGCGUCAUGAUACCGACGCACGCAGAGUACAAGGCGACGAGGGCGCGCCUCCAGUGCCAGGAGGACUUCUUCCACUUCGCCGUUGCGGGCGCUUCUGGCAGCGGCAAGUCGUCGCUCAUCAAUGCCCUUCGCGGUCUCCGCAACGGCUCGCGCAACCCGCUCGUCGCGAAAACUAGCGUCACCGAUACUACCAAUGAAAUCACGCGCUACGCUGAUCCCGACCAAGCCAAUCCCUUCGUUUGGUAUGAAGUGCCUGACGCAGGCAUACUCGAUACCCCCGACUGGCUGCUCUUCAACGAGCGGGGCUUGUACAUCUUCGACUGCAUCAUCGUCCUCAUCGACAACCGCUUCACGGAGACGGACAUCGCGAUUCUGCGAAACUGCGCGCGCUGCCAGAUCCCUUCGUAUAUCGUCCGUUCCAAGUCCUUGCGACAUAUCCUGAACAUUCUGAACGACAUGCCAUGCGACGAAGACUCGGACGAGGAUCAUGAUGAGGAAGCGCGCAUGGACCAGGCGAUCAAGCAAUAUGUCGCCGAAACGAGACACAGCGUCGCUCAGAACCUUGAGAAGGCUGGGUUGGCGCAGCAGCGGGUCUAUGUCGUGGACAAGGAAUCGCUCGUUCAGGUUGUGAAAGGCCAAGAACCAAGUCUCCUUCUUAGCGAUCUGGAGUUAGUAGACAAUUUGCGCUCGGAUGCGCGGAGACAGCAGUCUAAGUUCGCGCCGGAGGGCAUCAGUGCCCCAGCAGCACAAACCACGAUGGCGACAGAUUCGUCGACCGUGUCAGAGACUGUUAUGUCUAACGAGGAGCUGCAGGAAGACCAUGAUGCACAUUGCUUGUGA